ACCUGUGGAACUCUUGCUCUUCCUAAUAUAAGAAGGUGCUGAGAGUGUGAAGUCCCAAACCAACCCCUUUAUGAGAUGCCACUGAAUCGUCUUGCCAGUGCCAGGAAACCCCUGCGCCCAGGAAACCUAUUAUAUCUCAGAGGCUCCCUCAGCUUUCUGUUUUAGGGUGGUGUUUGCAAUGGCAGCCGCAUCUUCACCAUCUCCUGGAAAACCAAGGAGCUGAAGCUGAUGGAUCACAUGCUGUCAGCUGCAGCCGUGGUCCCAGUGACCUCAAGCAGAGGAAAGACUGGGGUUGACCCACCAUGCCUUGCUUGCUUCUUCAGCCGUGCAGGUCACAGGUGAUGAGAUUGCUUGAGGAGCUGGACCAUUACUCUUCCCUAACCCAACUCAUGUCCAUCUACCAAGCAACCAACAGGACCAUCUUCAACUGGACAGACAGCCGUGUUACCGAGUGGGAGAAAUUUGCUGAGCUGGCUAAAUAUGAGCCCGAAUCCCAGAAACCAAUCAUGAAAGCUCUCCUAAUCGUGGCAUAUUCGAUCAUUAUUGUAAUGUCUCUCUUUGGGAACAUGCUGGUGUGCCACGUGGUGCUGAAGAACAAGAGGAUGCACUCAGCCACCAGCCUCUUCAUCGUCAACCUGGCUGUGUCUGACAUCAUGAUCACGCUGCUCAACACACCUUUCACUCUAGUCCGGUUUGUGAACAGCACGUGGAUCUUUGGAAAGGCCAUGUGCCACAUCAGCCGCUUCGUGCAGUACUGCUCCCUCCAUGUCUCCACACUGACCCUGACAGCCAUCGCUCUUGACAGGCACCAGGUCAUCCUGAACCCACUGAAGCAGAGGAUGUCCCUGACGAAGGGAGCGCUCAGCAUCUCUGUUAUCUGGCUGAUGGCAACCUGUUUCUCCCUGCCCCAUGCCGUCUACCAAAAGCUUUUCCAGUAUAACUACAGGGAAGCCACUGUCCGGAGUCUGUGCCUCCCUGAUUUCCCUGAGCCCGCAGAGCUGGUAUGGAAGUAUCUGGACCUGUCUACAUUUCUCCUUCUUUACCUGCUGCCUCUGCUGAUCAUCACCGUUACCUACACGCGCCUGGCCAAGAAGCUGUGGCUCCGCAACGCCAUCGGGGACAUCACCACGCGGCAGUACGUCACCCACCACAGGAACAAGAAGAAGAGCAUCAAGAUGCUGAUGCUGGUAGUGGUGGUCUUUGCGGUCUGCUGGUUCCCCCUCAACUGCUACGUGGUGCUCAUCUCAAGUCUGGGCAUCAAGACAAAGAACUCUCUCUAUUUUGCCCUGCAUUGGUUUGCCAUGAGCAGCACUUGCUACAACCCCUUCAUCUACUGCUGGCUGAACGAGAGCUUCCGCGCAGAGCUCAGGGCCCUGCUCUGUAUGUGCCAGAGGGCACCGCAGGCUCAGGACCAGGCACUGCCGCCCGCGGCCGCGUCCUGCCGCGAGGCGUGGAUGGAGCAGGCCAGGUGCAGGAAGGGAACUGUCUCCCAGGCCAUCUGCUCCACCGGGAACCUCCCCACGGCCAACACGGACCUGUGAGCCGUGGGGCUGAGGGGAGUUACCUGGGGGUGUGGGACAUCAAAAAGCAUCUCCUUGUCUCUCCUCAGAAGCCAACAUUGCUGCUCUGAUGUUUCACUGCUGACUUUUGCCUGGUCUCGCUGUAGCCCCUCCUAUUGCUCGGCAUGGAGGGUGAAUAGCCUCUCCAGCACCCUACCAGUAAAACCCCUGCUGCAGCUGGCCCAGGGAGCAGGAGUACAUGCAGGGCACAUGGAGCUCCUCAGACACAGAAAUCUGCUUUUGGGGAUUCUCAUUUAUCGUUAUCAGUGAACCCAGAUUUCUAUCACUACUCACACUGGCCUGAGUCGCUGGCCUGGAACAAGUGCCACGACAUGAAACUUGGCACAGCAUCAGAAACAGACUGUGCUUGAAGGAAGGACUUGGACAUUCAGAUGAACUUCAUCCAUAGGGAGUUUCACCAGAUAGUUUAUAGCAAAGCCUUCUGACAGAAGGAAAGGUUUUCAACAGUAACUUCCCCCUCAGAUGCUGCUGUUCCUCCUGCCCCAUGUCCGUACCGCUGACAGCAGCAGGAACCCAGCCCCGACUGAGAGGAGCAAGGAUACACCCCAGGAGCCAUGGCUGCAGCCUCAGAUGGCACGAUAACCAACUAAUUUGGUCCAUUGAGAAGUUCUUUGUAUUAUAAAUAUAUUAAUUCAGGAAAUAGAGCUACAAUGGCACUCUAUGGAAUGUCACAAAUUAUUUCAUCAGAGCUGUAGUAUUCACUCACUGAAAAAUGGAAUCAUUCUGCCUCAUUACUAGUGGCUGUAAAAGUCUCAUUUAAACAACAGGAGGGCAAGAAAGGACUGGAAAGAAUGUCCUGUGAGGAGCAACUGAGGACUCUGGGACUGCCUAGUUGGUGCAAACCAGGUGAUGAAUUCCAGUAGCCCAAAGGAACUGUGGCUUCUGGGGGCAGGGAUGCUCCUGGUCUGCCCUGGCGAUAGCCCAGACAGAGCAUCUGCCCAGGGAGGAGGUGGGGGGGCCCUGGUCACUGGAGGUGAUGAGGACAUACUCCCACCACUUCCUGGGGCAUGAUAAGCCAGAACAAAGACUGGAAACCAAGGACUGAUUUUUUUUUUCUCCUUUUAUGCAGC